AUGCGCGAGUACAAGGUGGUGGUGCUGGGCUCGGGCGGGGUGGGGAAGUCGGCGCUCACCGUGCAGUUCGUCACCGGCACCUUCAUCGAGAAGUACGACCCCACCAUCGAGGACUUCUACCGCAAGGAGAUCGAGGUGGACGCCUCCCCGUCGGUGCUGGAGAUCCUGGACACGGCCGGCACCGAGCAGUUCGCCUCCAUGCGGGACCUCUACAUCAAGAACGGGCAGGGCUUCAUCCUGGUCUACAGCCUGGUCAACCAGCAGAGCUUCCAGGACAUCCGCCCCAUGCGCGACCAGAUCAUCCGCGUCAAGAGGUAUGAAAAGGUGCCUGUAAUCUUGGUUGGAAAUAAAGUGGAUCUGGAGAGUGAGAGAGAAGUUUCAUCAAGUGAAGGCAGAGCCCUGGCUGAAGAAUGGGGUUGUCCUUUUAUGGAGACUUCUGCAAAAAGUAAAACAAUGGUGGAUGAGCUCUUUGCAGAGAUUGUCAGACAGAUGAACUAUGCCUCUCAGCCAGAUAAGGAUGAUCCAUGCUGUUCUGCAUGUAACAUUCAAUAGCAUUCCAAAUGAUGGAACUGGACCUAAUUCGCUGUAUUUUUGGUAAGGUAAUACAACUGACUGCUUUGCUUUGUGAUUUAAAGUUGGGUUUCUUGAAAUAAAUCCAGAGUGGAGUAGCAUUGUUAACUCCCAGAAUCGGAAAAGAAUUGGGAUGAGUUUUUGCAGUUCCCGUAACUGCAGAAUUGGGGAGCCGUUCACAUCUACAGUUCACUCAACCUGCAGCACAUCUCCUAUACCUUCAAUUCUGUGGCAUAGCUGACAGAUUUACAGGGUGAGCACAAACAGUGUAUGUUGGCUUUGUCAGACAACAACCACAGCUUUAAGUUAAGAGUUGUUGAUGAUGGUGAGAAGGAGAGCACCAGCAAAGACCCUUUGCACUCUGCAUAUUCUCUACUGAUAAGUAACUGUUAGCAAAGUUUGUGUGUCUGCAUAUUGAAUUUCAGGACUUGUCACUUGUGGCCAAGUUUACUCAGUCAAAUAUGCUAACUUCAUCUUUGACUCAAGUGUUAGUAGGAUUAUCAGCAAAUUGAUGUAGUUCUGUUUUUUCCUUUAAAUUUGAUUGUCUUCUAUAAUCCCAUCAUGCGAAAAGGAAAAUAUUCCAUCAGUACACGAAGGUAAAGUGAGGAGCCCUGAAAAAAUCCAACGGCUUGUGAAGAGGACUGUGGGACAUUGGGAUGUGUUAAUAUUCUGCUUCGCUGCUCAGAAAUGGUCAAUCGCUUCCGAUGUUGUUCAGUCAAGAAGCCAAACAAACCCUCUGUUUGCAAAGCAGGAAGUGUGUUCAUCUCUUCACUGAACCAGGAAGAAGCAACUGUGAUGGGGUAAAAAAAUCGCUUAGCCUUACUAAUGAGGAAAAAUUUUAGCACAUUAACAAGUACCACCUUGUAAGGAAAAUGAAGCCAUGUUGUAUCCAGAUGUUCCUUUUUGCAGAAACCUUUUGGGGACUGUACGCGCAUCCUGCAUUUUUAAGUUUAAGGAUACCAGUUUAUUUCUUGCCUUUAAGGGCUAUGUCUUUGAUGUGAUAUCCCGACUAACCUAUGGAAUUCAAAUUUGCCAUUUUAUAGCUUUAAUGUUGGCAAUUUGGUUAAUUGAAUUAACAGUGUGAAGUUACUUUGGCUCAGAAGUUGAAUACCGAUUAUUGUAAUUCCAUAUGUGAGCAAGAAAAGGGUUCUUGUCUUCAAUUGCCUAACAUGCUAGUCAGGUGCUGCCAUACAGUGAUCCUGUCGCCCUGGUAAUUGCCGUGACAAAUAGUGAGUGAAAACAUUGUUUUGAAAUGGUGCUCAUCCUCUGAUCUUAAUUUUCAUAGCAGUGAAAUACUUAUAAUUUGCAUGACUUAACAGCACCAGUUAUAUUUAUUCUGAUGUCUUACAAUCAAGGAAGUUUCCAAUCAGAAUGUCUGAGGUUGAAAUGCUGGAGUGAUUAUAUUGAGCUGGACCUUGAUGGAAAAAAUUUGGCCUUUAAAAUGCAAUAUCACUGAGCCUGUGGUCUAAAUACCACCCCACCGUUUGGUUUCUCAGUCUUGUGAAGUAGUUCUGUAGUUUCUUGUGUAGAUGAGUGGAGAGAGUGUGUGUGUCGUGCGUGUGUGUGUGUUGGUGGGUGGGUGUGGAACUUUUUACAAAUGCUGUAAUGAACUUGAGUUCUGAGAUGUUUGCCUCCAUAAGCAGAAAAACAACCUGCAAUCUAACGCAUGUCUAAAGAAACUGAAUUCUAAAGCAUUUUUUAAAAAAACUUUGACAACACUCAGCCACUUUAUUUCUUACACGGUGGAACACUUUUGAUUUAGUUCACUUUCUAAUGACUUAACAGUAAUGAUGGUUGAUUAUAGGCCACUAUUGCCUUAGUCCUUGCUUGAUUUUUUUCCAUAAUCAAGAAAGCAAAGAGUGUAAUGCUAGACAUUGGGUCCUACUCGAGAAAUCUUGUCCCUUCCCAAGCAGCUUGCACAGCUGAGGAAGUUGUGGCACCUUAGUGAAUCCCACAUGGACAACCUGCGUGUAUUAAGCGGGGGGAAGGCCAUCAAGAGCUCACAGUCCCUAAAAUAUUUUAGAAAGAAUGUUAUAUGGCUCUAGCUUUGUUGCUUUAGAAAAUGUUCAGCUCUGUCUUUCAAGAAAAAUGAGACGAACAGGUAUAAAUUUUGCUUGCAUAUUAUGCAGAUUUACUCUAGGAAUGGUUCCUGUCCUGCAUAUCAAGUUGUUUACAAAGUCAUAACAAGGACAUGAGCAAGAUCUAUGGCAGGCAUAAAAAUGGCAUUUCUUAUAAAAGCGGGCAUGAUUUUGAAGUAGAAGUCCUUGCAUCACACAGUCAUUUUGAAGAGAACAGUAAUUCAGAGUACUUCCUCGAUAAUGUUUGUUGCUGUUUUGGAGAUGAAGCUUUGUGCAGUCUUGCAAAAGUGUAAUAAUUUUACACAUGAUCUGUAAUUCUAAGAAGGCAGUUUGUCUGCUGCAUGGAUUCUGCUUACACGGCUAUAGGUGGAACAGCAAAAAGAUUUAUUUAACUAAAAUGCUGUAAAUCAACAAGAAAGAUUUUGAAAUAUACACUUAGUCGCAUUAAUAUGGCGUUUCCCCACACUCACACGCACCAUGUUAUACGUUUAGGCCGGCCGAACAAGUGGCAGGUACAAUGGGUGUCUAGCGCCCCCAGUUGUCUAGUGCCAAUUCAAAAGGUGCCAGUACUCCUGUAUCGAUUCCUUCUUCCCUUCUUCAUGACCAGUGGUGCUGAUUGGCUUUCCGUCUUCUGGCCAUUGCUCUCUUGCAUUGAUAUUUUUCCCCACUGACUGACACAGAAGAUGGACUUAAAUAAACUAGGCAGUUUCUGACAGUCAGCUCCCCCUAAUUCCGGCCACCCAGGCUGUGUGCAACUGGGAAUAUGGCGCUUUUCAGGUAUAAACCCUGCAACUUUCACAAAUGGGCCACAGGGCCACUCCUCCUUCAUUCAUCAAGGCAUAGGAGUGGCGCACUGGCACGCGUGACCCCCAUGGUACAUUUCCGGAGUUGCUUGUCAAGGACGACUGCUUAUUUUUGUAUCCUGAUCAGGUUCCAACAAUAGUAAAUUUGUUUGGGUAUAACAUGCCUUAAAAUAUUAUCAUUUAAUCCAAAGACCCACUCUUCUUUAGCUAUUAUUGUAGAGCUUUGUAUUUUUCUGCAGCUGGCAUUUUUUUUAAGUUUAUAUUGUCGUGAAAUGUUGCAACUUCUUUUGAAAAUGUGUUAAUUCCCCUUUUCGCCUUUUACAAAACUGAAUCAAACCAGCAUCAGUUCUAAAAGUUUAAAAUAAGCUGCCGCCACCAACCCAGCUCAUAUAUGUAUUGGUAGUAGUUUUCCAGGACUUUCUUUUCUGGUAGAACUGAUAAUAGUUUAGCGCUUUUAACUACACUCCCAAAUCCAAAAUUAGGGUUGAUUUCUGUGGGCAAACUUACCAGUAUUUUCUAUAUGACACCUGCUGCCUAAAGAUGUUGCUCAUUUGGGGUGAGGGGAUGCAUGGUUUGUUACCAGUGUGCUCACAAAGCACCAUUGGGAGUGUAAUUUCGGAACAAAGCAAAUUUGGCAACUGUAGGGAUUUAACGUCCAUUAUUCCUCUGUCAGUUCUCGAUCAGGGUUCCAAGAAGGGAUUGCAGUGUGUUUUUGAAAAGUAGGUUUAACCAUUGACGAUUUGGGAUUUCCUAGAGUUGAAUAAAGAUAUUUAACAGUUGAUUGUUGAGCUCUGUUGCAACUGAUAACUGAAAAAUGGAGUAAGUUUUUAUAAGGUGUCAGUUGUUUAAAUCAAAAUGUUUCAAAGAAAAUCAAAAUGUACAUAGAACUCAAUGCAAACUCAGCAGUUGUAUUUGGAGUUAAAUUAUUUUAACAAAUAAAUUUAUUUAAUGAAA